AUGCUUCUAAAAGACCUACUAAGGAAGUGCCCAGAAGGAUUAGCUCUCGUGCUGAUAAUCAAGCCAGGAGCUACUUACAACACUCAAGAUAUCAAAGAAGGAGAUGAAGAAAAUUUCUCCACUAUUGAUGCUUUGUUGGAUUUAAUAAGCUACUUGCCAGUGGGAGUGAUGUUCAUGAUUGCAAGCCGUGUUGUUGAUGCUUAUGAUUGGGAAACCAUCUACAAACUGGGAAAGUUCAUGGCUGUAGUUGUUUUUGGGCUCAUAAUCCACGCAGGAAUGUUUUUACCAACGCUCUAUUUUGUGUUUACAAGAACUAACCCCAUAGUUCUCAUUAAGGGGGUUUCUCCUGCGCUACUGACUGCAGUGCUCAUCUCAUCCAGCUCUGCCACAUUGCCCCUCACUUUCCGAUGUUGUGAGGACAGAAUCAAGAUUGACCGCAGAAUCACUCGUUUCAUGUUGCCCAUCGGUACCAACAUCAACAUGGAUGGAACUGCCCUUUACGAGGCAGUCGCAGCAGUUUUCAUUGCCCAGCUGAACAACAUCAAACUGAACCUGAGCCAGCUGAUCACCAUUGGAGUAACAGCAACAGUCUCCAGCAUAGGCGCAGCAGGAAUCCUGGCGACAGGAGCAGUGACGACUCUCUUUGUUCUGACUGCAGCUGGUUUACCUGUGGGGGACGCUUCCAUCCUUGUGGUUAUAGAAUGGCUGCUAGACCGCUGCAACACUGUGGUAAAUGUUUUCGGAGACUGCAUCGGUGUGGCUCUUGUCUGUCAUCUGUCCAGACAUGAACUGGAAGAAAUGGACCUGACAAGGUGA